GCGGAUCGCUUUUUGGGGCAAAAUGGUGAAUGUGACCUGAAUGCGGAUUGUUCUCGAGUAGAAAAUCACGGCAAACGCACUUUUCACCAGGCAUCGAUUGCAUUUCCAGCUGCUUUUCGCAGCGUUAGUCAUCGCGUCAGCGGUCUGCCGCGGUGGCCCGACUGCUGUUUCUCUAUUAGUUGAUGUCGCGCGGCGUAUUAACACAAUUUACGCACAUUUACGCCAGCAGGUCGCCUUCUUUCGAGGGAUUUCUUUCUACGGCUGCCUGGUCGGUCGGACGCUUCCGUGUCAUUAGUGCACAUUUGCGCCAGAACUUCCAGCAGACGGCUGAGAUCUGCUCACGUAAAAGCCGCUGAGCGGAGUGCGCGCGCUUGUUGCAUCGCCCAGCCGAACAGCAGCGCGUCGUUUGCGCGGCGGAGCGCGUCUUUGGAGCUUUUUCGCAUCUCCGCCGCUUUUGUGUGCACGAGCGAGGCGUCUUUCUGCCCGUCCGCGCGAUGUUGAUGAUGGUGAUGGUGAUGAUGACAUUGGCUGGAUAGAUAGAUAGCUAGCUAGAGAGAGAAAGCGAGAGGUAGUGAGAGAGGGAGAGAGAGAGAGAGAGCGAGAGAGAGAGAGAGCGCGCGAGGAGCGUCUUGCAGCAAAGGAGCGUCAUUUAUGCAUGCAUGCUUAUUGAGUUUGGGGAUUGUGCUUUGAAGGAGAAUGCAGCAGCCCAGCAGUGACCGGGGCUGAUUCCGGUUCCUCAGCGGCUGGUGUUUCCCCGUCACCAAGUGCAUGGGGAAAGCGGCACACGCAGAUGGCAUGGACACUUGCGCAAGCCCAUUCGCACUCAGUCCCCCAGCACCUUCUGCCCCGAGAGCACUGCAGCAGCGCCGCCGGCCGCCCCUGAGCCACAGCAGACGGCAUGAGGAGGCUUGAUCCGGUGCAUUUCUCCAUGCUCGUCAUCGGGGUCUCCUUCGCCUGCUACGCCCCGAGUUUGGAUUCGCUGCAGGACCAGGCUUACCGAUCGGCCGUGGUGAUCGAAGGCGAGGUGAGCUCGCUUCCCGAGAACGUCUCCGUGGAGCCCUACAGUGUGAAUGUCAAAGUGCUGGACGUGUGGCCGGUGAACAGCGGCGGGCUGGAGCGCGAGCAGCUCGUCACCGUCGGGGAAUUCGGCUCCGAGGCUCCGUGCGUGGCGGUGGAGAAGCACCACAGAUAUAUCUUUUUCAUGGACCCUACGGAGGAGCCUUUAGUAUUCAAAGCGUCGUUUGCUCCUCUGGACAGCACUGAGAAGACCCUCAAGAAAGAUGUGGAGAGCAUAUUGUGUGAAGACUGCGCAUCAUCUCCGAAGGUGAAGCCCAUGGAUUCUCAGUGGCUCCUGGAAGGUAAAAAGUUGACACUCAAGUGUGAAGCUGUGGGCAACCCGAGCCCCUCCUUCAACUGGUACAAAGAUGGCAGCCAGCUCCGCAAGAGGAAAGACGUCAAAAUCAAAUCCAACAAGAAAAACUCAAAGCUUCACAUCAGCAGAGUGAGACUAGAGGAUUCUGGGAACUACACCUGUGUGGCAGAGAACUCGCUGGGCAGAGAAAACGCCACCAGCUACGUCAGCGUCCAAAGCAUAACCACUACAUUGUCUCCGGGCUCAAGUCAUGCCAGGAAGUGCAAUGAAACCGAGAAGACAUACUGCGUUAACGGUGGAGACUGUUAUUUCAUACAUGGUAUAAAUCAGCUGUCCUGCAAGUGUCCAAAUGACUAUACCGGUGAACGCUGUCAAACCUCCGUUAUGGCCGGUUUCUACAAGCAUCUUGGAAUUGAAAUCAUGGAGGCUGAGGAGCUGUACCAAAAACGUGUGCUGACGAUAACGGGCAUCUGCGUGGCACUGCUGGUGGUUGGCAUCGUGUGUGUGGUGGCAUACUGCAAAACCAAGAAACAAAGAAAGAAGUUGCAUAACCACCUGCACCAGAACAUGUGUGCGGAGCAUCCGAACCGCAUGCUGGCCAACGGACCCAACCAUCCCGGCCCCGGCCCUGAGGAAAUCCCCAUGGUGGAUUAUAUAUCUAAGAAUGUCCCAGCAACUGAGCGAGUAGUACGACACGGAACAGAGACAUCAGGCAAUUUCUCGGGCAGCCGAAUGUCGUCACGAUCCCACCACACCUCCACAGCUUCUCACGCUUCCAGUCACCGGCACGAGGAGCGCACAUGGAGUAUGGAGCGGACAGACAGCAUGCAUUCUGACUGCCUGUCGGGGGCGCUCUCUUCCUCUGUUGGCACCAGUAAAUGCAGCAGCCCGGCGUGUAUGGAGGCCCGUGCCCGCCGAGCAGCAUACUAUGGGUAUCCUGACACUACACAGUGCCCCCUACAGUACGGAGACUCUUACGACUCCCUGCGGGACUCACCUCACAGUGACAGGUACGUGUCUGCUCUGACCACACCGGCGCGCCUAUCUCCGGUGGACUUUCACUCCUCACUGCCCCCGCAGGUGCCUACCUUUCAGAUCACCACGCCCAACGCCAGCCAUGCCCUCUCCCUGCCGCCCGCCGCCUCGGCCAUCGCCAUGGCAGCCUACACGCCCGACGACGACCAGCCCCUCCUGCACCGCUACCGGCGAUCCCGACGCCCGUAUUACGCGGCGGAGAGCACGGGCUCCCUUCCGUCCAGCCCGUACCGCUUCGUGGACGAUGAGGAUUACGAGACCACGCAGGAGUACAUGUCCUCCCGAGAGCAGCCGAAGAAGAGCAGCAACGGCCACCGUUGGCGCAGGAGGUCGCGGCUCAACGGCCACGUGUCGCAGCGCACGCCGGGCCCCAGGAACUACAGCUCUCAAAGCUGCCUGUCGGACAGCGAGUGGGAGGACGAUGAGGUCGGCGACCUCGGCCACGGCGAGAGCACGCCGUUUCUCAGUAUGCAGAACAUGAACGCCACUGAACCGGCCACCAUCUACCGACCCAACGACACGCGGACUUUCACCAACACGGGACGCUCGGGCUCCCGGGGAAACGUGCAGGCCAACAAACUGUCGCAGUCACGGUCCAGAACGGACAAUGCACCCCUUUAAAAAAGAACGACGAGAGCAAGGACGAACGAACUUGCGUAGGCGCGAAAAACAAAUGAUAUGCUAUAGACCUGCACCUAUGAGAAAUAUUUUUUAUUUUAUAUAACAGACAGAUAUUCUAAACAAAUGAAAUAUUUAUUUUCAUUUCAGCAAAAAUUGUCUACUAGCUAGCAGCAAAGACUUUUUUUAUAGGGGGAAAACUAUUUAUAUGUAAUUCCUUUUUUUGAUUUACAGCAUUACGAAGAAGAAUUACGUGCCAAUUUUUUCACGAGUUAGAAAUAGAAUAAUAUUGUGGUGCCUUUUGCUGUUUGCCGACGAGGGAGGUUCAGUUGAAGUUUUGUAGCCUUUCUUAAAAACAGACUCUUGGGUUUUAUAGACAUGUUUUUCUGUUUUUUCUUCGUUCGUUUGUUUCGUUUGUUCAGGAUCUCCCCAUUUGAACUGUGAUAUUAUUCAGACACCAUGCAAUAUCGAAUCACUUCUGUGUAAGGUGUUUGUUUACAUGACUAGGAUUCACGCGCACACAUAACCGACGUUAAAUUGCAUCGGAUGCCGAAUCGUUCGCGCAUCUGAGCGCCGUUUGCGUUCGUCUUUGGUUUCUACGUUCGACGUUUUCCUUUCUCUCAACUGGUUGUCGCAUAUUGUUUCCAUUGAAACAGAGGUACGCAGGAGUUCACAGGGCAUGACGCUGGGUCGCAGUAUCGGCCCUGGUGUUCAGGGUUUUCAAAACGGUGGUCUGUGCGUCCAAUGAAUGUGUUUACACUUCUGUCCGUGUGCGUGAGAGUAUCGUUGAACCUCAGUGUAUACGUACGUGUCUUUGUGUAUGCAGUUUCGUGCGAGAACGCGUUUCGUUCGUGCGUUCGCGUUGUGUUCGUCUUCAGGUUAGCGUUUCGAGCGCGUGUGCGUGUUGUGAGUUUCGACGUGCGCCUGUGUGUGUAUACGUAUGCUUGUACUCUUUUUAGGAUGUUGGCUUUGUCGAAAGGGAGCUCUGGGUUAACGCUAAAGGGUUAAACCGGACCCCCUAGUGGUGACACGAGCUCAUUGCACUGUAACCUUCCUUCCUUGUGUAGUCAUUGGCCUGCGGAGGAACCAAUCCAGCCUGAUUCUAGCCUACACGGACCUACAUCUCUCUCCCACACGUUCUCAUUCCUAUGCCAGCAGCUUUAAGCCGCACUGUGUCUCAGGACUUUUCAUCGAAAACUGCAUUGCCCAUAAAACAGAUCCAUUACUGCCCUUCGUGUCUGCGUCAAGCUGGGAAGACGAUGAAGAACGAUACGACCAGAUGUGUUUAUCUGCGAAUGCUCCAUGUUUUGUUGGCUUUCCUUCGUUUUGGUUCAGUGGGGUCGUUCCCAGUCCGUGCUCUCUUUUUUUUUUGACACAUCUGUAUGCAAGUUGGAGACUUGCUCGAAGCAAUGCGUGUUCGGCUACUAGACGUGCUACUUUAGGUGGAUUCUAAAGUGUAAACCCCUACUUCCAGAGCCCAGCAACCUACAACUACAUUUGAAAAGACAAACCCGCCACCCGCACACUUACACUUAGACACACAUGCAAAUGCACACACUUACACACACACACACACACACACAGACACACAUGCUCAAGAUUCAUUCUGUGUGCACACAGUUGUUUAAAGCACCGCUCGUCUCACCGAUUGAUUUUCUUCCUGUCUUUCUCUCUCUGUUUCUUCUGUUCUUCCUCUCUGCCUGUGAAGGCGUCCCUCCCUCUGCAUGUUCUAGUGGUUCAGAUAGAUGGGUGCAUGGUAACCGCAGCAACUGAGUCGUAUUCACACGGUGAAAGUGUAGUUUUCAUUUGACAUUCAGCAAUAAAUCCCCUUUUUUCAUGUUCAUUCUUGACUUGGAAUAUGCUAGAAAUUUUUGCAAGUUUUCUCAAAAAAUAGUACUUGUAAAAAAAUAAAAUAAAAUCAAACCACUUGUUCAUAUGGAAAAAAAUAAAUCUUAAUUCCUACCAUUUUAAAAAAUGAAUUCAUCAGGAUGUAUGUCUGUUUCUUGGAGUGAUAUAUGUGUCAAUAGUUUAUUCGUUCUUUGACAGAACUUUGAGUUGUAUCAAGGAUGCAACCAAAUGUUAAUGGGGACUGGAGGUAAAAACUUAACAACUGGCCUUUGAAAAACUUCUAUUGAUCAACAACUCAUUUUAAUAUCAUAAUGUUCUCUGUCUCUAUGGUGUGUACAGGUCUGGAUAAUAUUUUGAGGAAUCAAAUUUUCAUCAAAUUUUAGAGAUAAAAGUGCUUGAAAAGUACUGUGAAGUCCUCUGUCCAAAACACUUUACAUUAAGGCCACAUU